AUGGCGCUUCACUCGAAGUACCACCUCCGGUCAGAGGCCGGAUGGACGGUCUGGAUAGGGCACAUUCAAGCAGUUGCACAGAUGAAGGAUGUAUGGCACUACAUGGAUCCAAAUCUGCCGGAUGAAAGCAUCACUAAGCUACCUGGCUGGCCUGAAGAGCCCGAAUUCCCUGAUUUUGCUCGCCCGGAUUCAGACGCUGACAUUGAUUCGAAUCUCCGCAAAAGGCUCAUUGAUAAAUACACUCGAAUGGUUGAGGAACACAAGAAAAAGCUUCAUCAACACGAGCACAUCCUGGAUUCUCUCAGCAAUUUGAACGUCCUCAUUAUUCAAACGGUUUCUCCAACUUUACGCAAAUCUUUAGUCAUAUCGAAGACUCCUCGAGAGAAGCUAGUGACGUUAGCUCGAAUUUUAGGGACGGACCGUCGAAUAGCCCCCAAAAAGGCGAAACCGCGCAUCCCGUAUCAUGUCCCGCGACACAAACAAAAGGAGAAGAACUCUGAGCGAUCAGAUCAGGACGUUGACCUUGGACUCAUGUCAAAGCCCUGGGAAUGCCGUCUACGCUCCCAAGCCCAGUGGAUGCGCUGGAUCAGGUACAUACAAAUUCGGGCAUCUUGUCGCAAAAUGUGGCCCUAUAUAGACCCCGAGCUAUCAGAAGAUCAGGUCAAGAAGACCCCCCAACGGUUCGAGGAGCUGAAAAUGCCUCACCCUAGUGAUAUCAAACCAGGCGUCCAGAAUGAGGAAGAUCUUGAAGACGGCGAUUAUGAGAAGUUCACCCGGCUGGUGUUGGUGUAUGAGAUAGAAGUCUCUCACCGACGGUACUUUGAGGAGAACCUUUCUUUCGUGAAUGAGUUAAUCGUACUCUCUCUAGCUGCAGAGUAUCAUUACCUGAUCGCCGACCGGCAAUCUCCGAGAGACAAGCUGUUGAGGUUAGCAAAGCUCUUUCGUCCAAAGCCGAAAAUACACCAGAACAACAUACGGAACGAUUGGAGGAAGAUGAUGCUCUCAUCACCAUCAAAAAGCAAUGUGGAAGCCUGGAUAUGGAAAUGGUUGCCUAUCUACGAAGACGCAAAGGCUGCCAAGGUCCCUGAAUUUAGCUGUGGGGACAAGCCACCUAUCUGUGACUUCCUAUCUGCUGUUCUGAAAACCGGGCCAAUGGGCGAGUGCUUCUUCCUUCUGUGGCGUCGUGAAAUUGAAAAAGAGGAACAUUCAUUUCUUGACGUGUUGAUAGCCUAUAGUCACACUCACUAG